CUACUUCAUACCCAGCUAGCUACUUCUCUGACAUUUCUCUUUUUGUUUUUAAUUUUUCACUCUCUUGAAGAUGAUACCUGAAAUAAAAGAAUGGAGGGUUGUGAUCUUUCUUUUGGUGCUCUCAUGCAAGCUAGAAUGGAUUGUCGAUGGACAACCACAACCACAAGUGCCAUGUUUUUUCAUUUUUGGCGACUCUUUAUCAGAUAGUGGCAAUAAUAACGACCUUGAGACUGCUGCUAGAGCAAAUUACAAACCCUAUGGGAUUGAUUACCCCGAUGGGCCUACCGGAAGAUUUACUAAUGGCAAAACCAUUAUGGAUGUUGUAGCUGAACACCUUGGAUUUGAUCAUCACAUUCCACCUUUUAGAACUGCUUCGGGUGAUAUCAUUCUUAAAGGUGUGAAUUAUGCAUCAGGAUCAGCAGGGAUUUUCGAGGAAACUGGAACUCAUUUGGGUGCGAAUGUGCACUUGACCCAGCAAAUAAAAAAUCACGAGACAACGAUCACUAAGAUGGUUGAAAUAUUAGGGAACGAAGAGGCAGCUUCAAACCAAUUAAAACAGUGCUUAUUUUCAGUUGGAAUGGGAAAUAAUGAUUUUAUAAACAACUAUUUCUUGCCUCAUAUAUAUCCAACAAGCCAACACUACGACCUUCAAGAAUAUGCAAAAGCUCUUAGUGCCGAAUAUAAUACCCAAUUAAAGGCCUUGUACGGUUUGGGAGCAAGAAAAUUUAUGUUGUCAGGAUUGGGAAAAAUAGGGUGCACCCCAUAUGGAAUCAUUACAUUCGGAGCCGGCAAAGUUUGUGCAGAAGAAAUGAACGAAGGGAGUCGUCUUUUCAACUUGGAGGUUGUAGAUCUGGUGGAUAAACUCAAUAAAGAACUUCCUGAUGCCAAAUUCAUAUUUCUAAAUAAUACUUCCAUUGGAAAUGGCGAUCCUUUUAAAAUUGGUUUCACGAAUUUCGCAGCAGGGUGUUGUAAAGUAAGAGAAGAUGGUCAGUGCAAUCCAAACGAAGAACCUUGUAUUAAUAGAAAAGAAUUUGUAUUUUGGGAUCAUUUCCAUCCAACUGAAGUCACAAACAUAUUGACUGCUUCAAGAACUUACACAGCUUUUGACCCAACUGAUUGUUAUCCAACUGAUGUUCGUCAACUAGCUCUGCUGCAACUUUCAAGUGCAAAGGUUUAGAAACAAAAAAGAAAAUUCUAUUUAAAUAAAUUGUUUAGGAAAACAUCCAAAUAUUUAACUUUUGUAAUUCUAGAAAUUUUGUGAUCAAAGUUUCAUCAAUUAUUUAUUUCUGGCACAUUUUUAGUUUUA